CUGUCUCCACUGGAUGUAGGUGUGCAGACUCCUCGACCAGUACGACUCCCCCCCUGCUGGGCUCUGUUUGGAAACGACAGAGGCGGGGACGGAGAGUCGUAACACAGUAACUAGGAGCCCCCAGGGAAUGUGAAAGUCAGGGCCUUCAAUCCCCGCGAUAGGACUUUACGUGCUGCCGCGUUUCUCAUGGAAACAGAUGGAUUUGUGAGGAAGCGUCGGAUGACAGCGGAGACCGCAGGCGGUGAUGCCGGGGUUGCAGGAGCCUCAGCUGGGGCAGAAGUUCGAUGGCUCGGGGGCAGAUUCUGGGGAGUUUCAGAAAGUAUUGUGAGCAGCCUGACGCCGCGUAUCGGGGGGGAAUCGCAGCUGCAAAGCGUGGACGUUGUCUGCGCGGCUCAGGAUGCGCAAGCAGAGGACUCGGAACCUGACUAUGAAGGUCUGCCACAGGGAGCAUCCACUAGCACCCACAUGUUGGCAGGCGCCGUGGCUGGGAUAAUGGAGCACUGCCUCAUGUUCCCCAUCGACUGUGUGAAGACAAGAAUGCAGAGUCUCCAGCCUGACCCCGCAGCACGCUACAAGAAUGUGAUGGACGCUCUUCGCCGGAUCGUGGCCACCGAGGGAGUCUGGCGACCACUAAGAGGCCUGAAUGCGACGGCCAUUGGCGCUGGGCCCGCUCACGCUCUGUAUUUUGCCAGCUAUGAGAAACUCAAAAAGACUCUAAGUGAUACCAUUCAUCCAGGCGCUAACAGUCAUUUGGCUAAUGGAGCAGCUGGUUGCGUUGCCACUUUGCUUCACGAUGCAGCCAUGAACCCAGCAGAAGUUGUGAAGCAGCGCAUGCAGAUGUUUAAGUCGCCCUACCGGGGCGUGUUGGACUGUGUUCGCGCCGUGUGGCAAAGAGAGGGUCCUGCUGCCUUUUACCGCAGCUACACUACCCAGCUCACCAUGAACGUGCCAUUCCAGGUGCUCCACUUCAUGACCUACGAGUACCUCCAGGAACUGCUCAACCCUCACAGACUAUACAACCCUUCGUCCCACAUGGUGUCCGGGGCUCUGGCCGGGGCAAUCGCAGCGGCAGCCACCACGCCUCUGGACGUCUGCAAGACCCUGCUCAACACCCAGGAGUCUCACACCCUCAGCUCCGCCGGCCAGAGCCAGGGAGCCCACAGACACGUCUCAGGUCUGGUCCACGCCUUCAGGACGGUUUACAGGCUGGGCGGCCUGCAGGGCUUCUUCAAGGGAGCACAAGCGAGGGUCAUCUACCAGAUGCCCUCCACAGCCAUUAGCUGGUCUGUUUAUGAGUUCUUCAAAUACGGACUUACUAAGCGCCAGCACAACAAUAUGAGAAUCCAACAUAUCAAGGCUGAGGUGUAGAUUUCCUAUGGGUUUAAUCGCCUCUCUUAUACAUCAGGCCUCGCUGUGGCCACAUACGCACAUACAACCAGAUGAAAUACGCCUCAGUCAUCCUGAUCUCCUCAGACAGAGCAGAUAAGAAAGACACCUUCUGAACCAUUUUUAGUAAUUUUACAUCUGUUCACCAUUUCAGCCAUAGGAUACAACUUUUACACAGUAUUUUCAAAUGUCAUUAAUUUUAAGCAGUCCCUGUAAUCCCUUUAUUGAAGCAGAACACACACGAAGAAGAGUUUGGCAGUGGGCAGUCACAACCCUCUGUCAAGAGUUUACUUUAUGAAACUUUGUUUUUGCAUCAUAGUUUUAAUAUAACCAGAUAAAGCUUUUCAGAUAACACAAGUCUACAUUACAUGUUUGGAGUUUAAUGUAAAAAUAAAACACCCCCAACUAGAAAAAUUGGUUAAAAUGGUUAUGUUGCAUAAACAUACAUUUAUAUGUCCCUUAGCCGUAUACAGAUGCUUUUCAGGGGGCUUUUUCAACACAAUCUGUCAAAUUGUUAAUUUGCAAAAAAAGAUUCAUUAUAACCCACGAAGCUACAGUUAAUGACAUGGGUCAAAAUAUUUAACUUCUUGAUCGUAAAAUAAAUCUUAAUUUAUUAUUUGUCAGUGAAAAAUAGACCCAGUGGCAGACAAAUACCCUAGAAAAAUACCGUAUUUGUUCAUUUCUAAUUAUUUCUGUCAGAAGUUUCUUCAAUCAAAUGUAUUUUGUUUUUUUUCCCCCUGCUGUUGAAAUGUGUAAUAACUGGUCUGUUUUCAGCUUUUUUGAACUACUGAGGUUUAAAUGUCUGUGCGCAUCAUCAGCAGGAGUUUUGUUCUUACUGCGACCAAAAAAGGAGCUGAAUUCAUAACAUUUCACACACCCAACCUGAAGCUGUCAUUCUUACGUGCUGAUGUCUGUUUCCGACACUGAAUUGCACUUGUUCAAUAAAACUUCAGCAGAGGGGCUCUGCUCACUGUUCGUAAAAGAGAAA